AUUAGACAUGAGUUUUUCGAUGUGACCUGGCUGACAAGUUGCAAUAAGCGCAGAAGCCGAUGGGUAAUUAAGUCAAUUUCACUCCCACAUAAAGAAAUAAAUCCACUUGAAAGAUCUCUUCUGCGUCUUGUCUUUCUUUACCUGCUACGUAUCUUUUCUCUCUCUCUCUCUCUCUCUCUCUAAGUGAAAAGACUGAUACUUUUUUUUUCCUGGCGGGAAAAAAUGACUGGGAAAGGAGCGAAAGGUCUGAUAAUGGGGAAACCCAGCGGCAACGACAAGGACAAGGACAAGGACAAGAAGAAACCAAUUACUCGCUCUUCUCGUGCUGGUCUUCAGUUUCCAGUUGGGAGAAUCCAUAGACUGUUGAAAGGAAGGUCAACUGCUCAUGGACGUGUUGGAGCGACCGCAGCGGUUUACACAGCCGCCAUUUUGGAGUAUCUGACCGCAGAAGUCUUGGAGCUGGCUGGUAACGCUAGCAAGGAUCUGAAGGUGAAGCGUAUCACACCAAGGCACUUGCAGCUUGCUAUCCGUGGUGACGAGGAGCUCGAUACUCUCAUCAAAGGGACUAUUGCUGGUGGUGGAGUUAUUCCACACAUUCACAAGUCUCUCAUCAACAAAUCUGGCAAAGAAUAAGCCUUAUUGUUCUCUACCAUUCCCCAUAAUCCCUCUUAUCUUUUGUAUCUCAGACCUCCUUUUGUAAUAACAGUCUUGUACUCUGUUCGUGUGUAUGUUAAGACAUUAGUAGAGAAACUCUUAGGAUUGUUUGUUUGUUAAGGACCCACCUGUGUGUGGGUAUAGUUUGUCUCCUUCUGAUUAAUGUUUUGGGGUUUGUUCAGCUGUUAGAGAAAACCAAUGUAAGAGGAGAUUGACUGAUAACUAAAUCUUUGCAAA